UGCCUCGACGAUCAGUCGACCCCGUGCAACGCGGCACGCCGGCCGCUGCGCGAACACAACUCUCUCUUCCAUUUACUAACUUUUCUCUCACCGAACGAGAGUAUAAUAAUCAUUAAUACUCAUUUUAUUCAACUCUAUCUAACGAGUUACACGUAUAACGAAAAUAGAAGAAGAAUAAACAAAAGAAAAAUACAACAAAAAAUUUCAAUAGAAUUUGAUUUUCGCGGGCUUCUCUUGUCAAUCCGUUCGUAUCGAGUAAUCGAAAAGUAAAGUGAAAAGAAAAAGAGAGAUCGAAAGAGAGAUCGAGAGAGAUCGAGAGAGAGAGAGAGAGAGAGAGAGAGAGAGACAGGGAAGAGGAAAAAAGGGAGGGAAGAAAGGUGGGUCGAGAGCGCGUGCGUGUGUGCGUGUGUAGGGUCGAAGGUUAGCGCGAGAGUAGUUGAGAAGGAUUGUGCGUAAGAGGAUUUCGUUAGUCCUCGAUCGUUCUACUAUCCGAAAGAAUAAAGGUAAGCUUUUGACGGGAAGAGAGAGAGAGAGAGAGAGAGAGAGAGAGAGAGAGAGAGAGAGAGACAGAAAGAGAGACACAUGCAGGGUGGGAGAAGUAGAGUAAGUGUGCGUGUGCGUUCGUACGCGCAAAAGCUGGUGCUCCCCCACUCGGUAACUUGUUGAGCCUCUGCUCAACGUGAACCUCUGCGUGCUGUGGCCCGGGUUUGCCGUGUCCAUUCGAGCGGGCCGCGCGAAAACAUUGGCCUUCCUAUAAGGAACUAUAGAGAGACAUAUAAAAAAUAUCAAAAGAAUAUUGAAAGUGAUAAAAAAUGAAAGCGAUCGGUUCGUCGUUGAUAUUAGCGCAAUUGGUGCUUGCAUUAAGUUCCAAGAGCCUUGGAUUCGGUCGUCCCGAUGUUCUCGGACAACGCAACGACGUCCACGAGGAUCCGUUGGUAGUCGAAACUACGAGCGGUCUCGUACGUGGAUUCAGUCGUAAAAUUGAAAAUCGUGACGUACACAUAUUUUAUGGUAUACCAUUCGCUAAGCCACCGAUCGGCCCAUUACGUUUUCGCAAACCAUUACCCAUUGAACCUUGGCACGGUAUAUUAAAUGCAACAAUCUUACCAAAUAGUUGUUAUCAAGAAAGAUACGAGUACUUUCCCGGUUUCGAAGGCGAAGAAAUGUGGAAUCCGAACACCAAUAUAUCCGAGGAUUGUCUCUACUUGAACAUCUGGGUACCCCAGAGAGUAAAGUUGAGGCAUAAGGGUUCCGAGCCGCCUGACAGCCCGGAGAGAAACGGCUUGCCGAUACUCGUUUGGAUUUAUGGGGGUGGAUUCAUGACCGGUACCGCUACCCUAGAUGUUUACGAUGCCGAUAUAAUGGCUUCUACGAGUAACGUUAUCAUAGCCUCGAUGCAGUACCGUGUCGGUGCAUUCGGAUUCUUAUAUUUAAACAAACACUUUGGAACUAACAGCGAAGAAGCACCUGGAAAUAUGGGAUUAUGGGAUCAAGCGUUGGCCCUUAGGUGGCUUCGCGACAACGCCGCUGCCUUUGGCGGUGAUCCUGAUUUGAUAACGAUUUUUGGCGAAUCUGCCGGUGGCAGUUCGGCCAGUCUUCACCUGAUUUCCCCGGUAACUCGUGGUCUCGUCCGCCGCGGUAUACUUCAAAGUGGCACCCUGAACGCACCCUGGAGCUAUAUGACCGGCGAAAAAGCUCACGAUGUUGCACGCGUCCUCGUUGACGAUUGCGGUUGCAAUUCCACCAUGCUUCAAGAGAAUCCCGCUCGCGUUAUGCUAUGCAUGAGAUCUGUCGACGCCAAAACUAUAUCCGUACAACAGUGGAACAGUUAUUGGGGUAUUCUCGGAUUCCCAUCCGCUCCGACGAUCGACGGUGUUUUCUUGCCUAAACAUCCGCUUGAUCUUUUACGGGAAUCUGACUUUAAGGACACCGAGAUUAUCAUCGGAAAUAACGAGAAUGAAGGAACGUACUUCAUUCUGUACGACUUCAUCGAUUUCUUUGACAAGGACACAGCAAGCUUUUUGGAGCGUGACAAAUUCGUUGGUAUUAUCGAUACUAUCUUCAAGAACAUGUCGCAGAUCGAGCGUGAUGCCAUCAAAUUUCAAUACACAGAUUGGGAAAAGGUGAAGGAUGGUUAUGUUAAUCAAAGGAUGAUAGCAGACGUUGUUGGUGACUACUUCUUCAUAUGUCCAUCGAUACAUUUUGCUCAAUUGUUCGCUGAUCGGGGAAUGAAGGUCUACUAUUACUUUUUUACACAGAGGACAAGUACCAAUCUCUGGGGCGAAUGGAUGGGCGUGAUGCACGGGGAUGAGAUCGAAUACGUAUUUGGAAAUCCUUUGAAUAUGUCCUUGAAGUAUAGCGAAAACGAGAGGGACCUUUCCGUUAGAAUGAUCAAGGUUUUCUCCCAAUUCGCAACCGACGGGAAACCAACGGAAGACGAGAAAGUAUGGCCGCCAUAUUCGAGAGAUCGACCAGUAUAUUUCAUUUUUAACGCGGAGAAAAAAGGGCUCGGAGAGGGACUGCGCACGACGUCAUGCGCCUUUUGGAACGAGUUUCUACCGCGACUCAAAGGAGUACCCGAUCCAGUACCGGAAGCUUGCAACAGCGUGAUAGCGUCAAGCGUAUCUGCGAGUGGAGCCGAUCGACUUAUUUAUCGAACGAAUACACAAAAUAUUCUACUUUUAUCCACGGCCACAGUUACGUCCAUUUGGACGAUGAUACUUUUACGAGUCGCGAACGGCUAACCGAUUUUAAGUUUUCUUAUCAAACUCUAAUCUAGCACACAGAGUUCUCUUACCCUCGAUUCCAAUUUUUAUUUGAUCCUCUUUUUCUUUCUUUUUUCUAUUUCCUGUCUUUGAAUAUUUUCUUCCUUCUUUUGUUUUUCUUUUUCUUUUUCUUACUCGAGAUCGCUAGCUAAAAUAGCCGAGAGUACGAAAUUUUACUCGCAAAGGGGGGAAGACCGAUGCCGCGUUGUCGCGAAAAAUGUUGAGAAAAUAUCUAAAACGCAAGAUAGAAUAAAAAUGAAAAUACAAAUGAAAAGAAAAGAAAUGGAGAUAAGAUGAGAAGUAAAACAGAACAAAAGAGAAAAAGAAAAGAAAGGAUUUUGUUCACGUCGGCCAAAAUCUCUUUCCCCUUUCUCGCGAAAGAUUGAAAAGAAGAAAAAAUGUGAGAGAAAAAAGACAAAAAAAAAUGAAAUACCUAAAAAAAGAAAAACUACGAGCUUUUCUCCUUCGCGAGUUCUUCGGUUGACUUAAAAAAAAAAGAAAGAAUAUCUCCUGUUUUCUUUUUUUGUCUCUGCGCGUGUGCGUAUGUGCGAUGCGUGUACGUGUGUGUGUAUAUAAGUGUGAUAAAAAAUAAUGUGCGAAGAGAAAGCCUUUGCGGCCUAGAAGUUAACUUUCGAUCGAGCGUUAAAACUAUGUCGAGCUUUAUGAACUAUUACCAAAUUAAUACCCCCGUAACCACCACCACCGCCACAACCCCCCCUUUCCCCGCACUUAAAACCUACGACCGCGAAUUACGCUGCAAUAUUUCGACGAUCCCGGUUGAAAGAUUAUGAAGAUAAACAAUAGAUUUAAACUAUUUCUUCUCAACAAAAAUUACAUAUACAUUUUUAUUUUUUAGCAAACAAAAAGUUAGAUAAUAAAACAAUUAUGCUGUGUGAAUUAAAAAAGAAAAAGGUAAAAAUUUGUUUCGAUAAUUACUACUCGACCUCCUUAAUUUUAUUCUACAGAAUUAAAAAAUCGUCGUACGAUUUCAAAAAAAUAAUUAAAUGAAAGAUGAAUGAGUCAGUCAAUUAAAAAGAGACAGGAAGAGAGAGAGAGAGAGAGAGAGAGAAGGAGAUAGGUAAUUUCGAUCGUCGUCCGUUCUCGAUUCGAUCAUUUAACAUAUCGAAUUAAUUAAUCGAUUAUAACUGAAGAACGUGUAUGAUAUUUACAUAUGUAAAUUCACAAAGUCCUAUAUGAGUUGCAUGAAUGAAUACACUUGUGUAAGUGCGCGUCUGUGUAUUUAGCAUCGAGAGAAACAGUGAGAAAUAUAUAGAGAGGGGGAGGGGAAGGAAGAGGGACAAGAAAGUUGGUUAACCGCAAAUGAAUAAUACGAAAUGCCGAGGUAGAAAUCGAAUCGUCAUUGAAAUAAUGAAGAAGAUAAAUAGCUUUGGAAAGUGACAGAAGCUUCGUGGAAGACCGACGUGAUGCGAUGAUCGUCUCGAGUCCUCUGAGAAGAAGAAGAAGUGAAGUGGGUGGAAAAGAGGGAGGAGCAGGAGUAGGUUUAUGAGAGGUGGGAGUGAGGGGGGAGGAAGACCGUAAUCCGUAAUACGACUUGAAGGAAGCCGAUAAUUUGUUCUAGCAAUGCUCUACUGACUUCUUCUUCUUCUUCUUCUUAUUCCUCCUCUUCUCCUGUUCAUAUUACUAUUACUAUUACUAAUACUACUGCAACUGGUACUAUUACUAGUAUUAUUAUUAUUAUUAUUACUACUACUGCUACUUUACCAUCACCACCUCAUCCCGUUUUCAUUCCCGUUCUACUCUUUUUGCACCAUUUCUUUCUUAUUACUUUCGAAUACCUCGAGGAAUUCUAUUCGUCUUCUAUCAUUUUCUCUCUCUCUCCUUUUUUUUUUAUUAUUUUUCUUUUGUUUUCUUUUUAUCUUACUACUCUCUGUUUUUUUUCUUUUUUGUUUUUCUUUUUUUUUUUGAAAAAAGUUGCUGACGUAAACAGGACAUAUAACUCUUCGUCCUGGUAGU